AUGUAUUUUUGGAACAAGCUAAAAGAGAGGGCAACCAAAUCAUCAAGCUGGUGGCUGCACCUUCCCAGGCGGAAGGGACUUUCAGUGCAUUUCCCCGCUGGGAUUCUCUCCCUUGCAGGUGACGCUGAUGAAGCCCCAGGAGCCCCGGGCGGCACGGGGCUGGCACUGAGAGCUCGGUCCACCUGCAGGGGUCGGCAGCGUGCGCUCCAGCUUUUUCCGGGCUGGGGCGCGCGGCCGAAAAGGCGUGGAGGGCGCGGCUCCGGGCCGGCCGGGAGACGUCCCAGCACCGAUGACGUCCCCGGAGCCCGCGUGCCGUCACAAUGGCGACGCCGGGCCCUCCCCGAGGGCAGCUGGCCGCCGGCUCCAGGCGCCCCAUUCGUGAGCUGCGCUGCCCGCAGCCGCUCGCCGUGCCCCGUGCCCGAGAGCAGCCCCAGCAGCAGACUAGCUCAGCCUCGUCGCGCUCGUCCUCCAAGGCUCACAGAGGUUUGGAGGCACGCGCCUGCCAGCAUGGACGGAGCCUGGGUGGGGACGUGGAGACCGCAUCGCCCGCGCGGCCUCAUCUCGGCCCAGUUCCCCAGCCCCGGGCCCCAGUACUCCAUCCCGGGGACAACAGGUUUCGUGGGCCACAGCCCCACCAAAGCCCGUGCCCCCGCGUACACGUUUCGCGGGACCAAGCCGCCUGCGGCCGAGAGCUGCGGGCCAGGUCCCUGCUACUUUGUGCAGCCCGCCGUCACCAGGAACGGGAAGCACGUGGCUCCGAGCGCCCACCUUUGUGGACGCCCCACGACGAAGACCACCGUCACCCCCGGACCCAGUGACUACCGCACCGAGGCAGCCAACAGGCACGUCUUCAAGUGCCCACCGGUGCAGUCCAUGGCCUUCCGGCGGGAGCCCCUGCGCACAGACCGCCCUCCAGGUCCGGGCACCUACACGCUGCCCAAGCUGAUGGGCCCCAAUACAGCCUACACGGCGGCCAGCCCCUGCUACUCCAUGAGGGGAAGGAGCCAGCGCGGCCGCUUUGACGAAGACCUUGCCAAGACUCCGGGGCCCGCGGCGUUUCCCAAGGUAGCUGUGGAUGCCUACAAGACCAGGGCGCCCGCGUACACCAUGGCGGCCCGAUCAAAACCUGCAGAGGGCAAAGCAGUGAAGCCCGGGCCCGCAGACUACAACAUAGGCCGGGUGACGCUGAUCAAGCCCCGGGCGCCUGCAUCCACUUUUGGAAUCCGGCAUUCCCUCUACACAACCCCUCUGAUUGUGGAAUAAAUCAGCCACGUCUGGAAGGCCGCCUUUGCUUUCCUGGCAUGGGAGGGGCCGGGAAGACACCAAUCAACUGCCGGUUUCCACUUGAUUCCAUUUCCAUCUAUGGACUGCUUCCAUUUCCAUCUAUGGACUUGAUGCCAUUUCCAUCUAUGGACUUGAUGCCAUUUCCAUCUAUGGACUUGGGCUUUUGCCCAUUUUACUUGAACAAUUGUUAGCAAUUGGAGUGAGUCAUCAAUAAAAC